AUGGGUUGGGUUAAGCGUCUUUCUCGAUGCAUUCCCGUUCCAUGGCGACCGAUACCGUUCAUCGGAGAAGAAGAAGAAGCUCCUUCUCAUCUUCCCUUCGCUCCCUUGUCCGAGUUGUGUGAGAAUGAGACAUCAACGACGGUCGAUCCUAGCUAUAUUAUUUCUUUGAUAAGGCAGCUUUUGCCAAGGGAUGUGGAGAAACCGGAUGUCAGCAAAAGCCCUAGUAGUGUGAAGGAAACAAUGGUCAUGCAAGCUCAUACGGAUCUGUGCUCAAAUGGAGAUAUGAUUAAAGGUUAUAUAGAGAAUUUUCAACAUCUCCCUGUUGAUAAAAAAGGUUCAUCUUUUACGAAUGGGGAUGAUGGAACACACCAAGAAUUUGGUGACGAGGAACGAGCUGGUAUUCCUGAACAUACUGGGGAUUCUGAAAUAAAAGACCCUUGGGAAGACUCUGGUUGCAUUUUAUGGGAUCUUUCUGCAAACAAAAGUCAUGCUGAAUUCAUGGUUGACAACUUCUUGCUUGACGUGCUGUUAGCAAGCCUCCUUGUUUCCAGAUCUCUCCGGGUUACGGAAAUUUGCCUGGGGAUCAUUGGAAAUCUAGCCUGUCAUGAUGACCUAGGCAGAAGAAUUGUUUCUAAAAGUGGUUUGAUUGAGACAGUUGUUCAACAGUUAUUCCUAGAUGAUUCUACUUGCCUUUCAGAAACAUUCAGGCUAUUAACUGCUGGUCUUCAAGGUAACAAGUUUGCCUCUUGGGCUGAAGCAUUGUUACCUGAUCAAGUUCUUCUACGUGUACUCUGGAUAAUUGGGAACACAUUAAACACUGUGCUAUUAGGAAAGAGCACUGAUUUCUUGCUGACCAUCGUCAGUAAUCAAGAAGUGUCAACUAUUCUGCUCCAACCUUUGGUAGAACUGGGGUUACCAAAUCUUAUAGCCGGUCUAUUAGCAAGUGAACUGAGCAAAUUAGAAGACGAAACAAAGCUAGAGAGGUUUUCUGUUCUUGAUUCAAUACUGGGCUUAGUUGAAGCGCUUUCUGCUACUGAUAAUUAUUCAAAAGUGAUCAUUUCGAAUGAGGAACUCCUGCCGUUGAUUUGUGCUUUGCUCAAGCUGCCCGAGAAAAUUGAGGUUGCAAACUCUUGUGUUUCUGCUAUUGUUAUACUUGCAAAUCUUUUGGUAGAUGAGCAGCAUAUUGCAUCAAAGUUUUCACAAGAUUUUUCAUUUCUACAGGGUCUGCUUGAAAUUCUACCUUUAGUUUCUGAGGACCCGCAAUCCCGAAGUGCAUUCUGGUGCAUCAUGGCGAGGCUGCUGGGUGAAGUUCAAGAAGACGAUAUUAGCAUCUCUGCCCUCCAGCAAUUUGCAUCCCUGUUUGCUAAUAAAUCUCAUCUCAUAGAAGAAGACAUUGAGAGUCAUCCAAUGGAGGACUUGGAUGAAAGCCCCAGCAUCCCUGAGGGUCAUAACGCAACAGCUAUCUUUCUUAGAAGGCUUGCCUCUAUUUUAAAGAAAUGGGUCUCCGUGAAGUCAGCUAUUCCAGAGAAAGGGGUCGCUGACAGCAAUGAGGACAAUGAGAGUAAAAUUCAAAGGUUAUUGCAUUACUGCUGCAAAUAUGUAAGAUUAAAAUAGAUUUCCAACUUAUGCUCCUUGUACAGUUUUUUAUUAGUAAAUUAUAGUCAAAAUGCUAUUGUGAUGAAUGAAAAUGAAGUAUCGUUAUUUAGAACA